AUGAGUGCCGGGUUCACGGAGGUCAUUUUCGACUUGGACCCGGUGCCCAUAACCCAGAUGACCAGCGCAUCGUCCCGCAACCGUCCGAUCCUGCCGAACUUGUGGAGUUGGAAACUGCAGCGUCAUCAAGUGUUGCGCCUCCACGGCAACCCGCGCGUUCUCGUCCGCAUCCGCCACUUCCGCUGCCUCGUGCCACGCAUGGCCGACUCGCAGCAGUCCGACGCGCCGCCCGCGGGCGGCGUAAAUCAAGAUCCAGCGUCGCAGGGCGCUCCCGCGGCUCCCGCAACACUCCAGGCCUCGUCCAACGCGCCGUUGGCUGUCUCCAUCGAGCCCGCGGCAUCCGAGCCAUUGCAGGCACCGCUCUCGACGUCGUCGGCGCCGCUAGUGGUUGCGCAGACCGCGCCCGCGGUGCCCACGACUUCCAUCUCGGCGGGAACAGCAACGGCAACCUCGCCGGGAGUAUCCAUGGCGCCUCCAAGCACCACGUCGGCUCUCAGCAGUACGACGGCCAGCGUUUCGACGCCUGCGGCCAUCUGCGCUCUCUCGGAGACCUCCAGCGGCACGUCGACGACUAUGGCGGCCGUCACGACGGGUCUGGCGGCUCCAGCGGCGACCCAUGCGGUCUCAGGCGACGCCGCAGUGCUCAUGCUACGCCCAACGCCCUCGGUGCCUGCGAUCAGCGCGCUGCAAACAGCUUCGGCCACCGCACAGAGCGCACCAGUGACCAGCACCAUCGCUGGACUGCUGCAUGCUGUCGAAGCGUCACGUUACCGGACGGAGCCAAGCCAGCGUCUGCCAUAUGAGCCAUGUCUUACUCCAUGGUAUCAGCUCACGCCUCCAGGGCAAGUCGUCGUACCAGCCACGCUCGAAGAUCUUCGCGAUGGCACACUCAUGGUAUGCGCUCCGGAUGGUCUGAGCCGUCUGGUGAACGUGACUUCAUUUUCAGCCCCUGAGCUCGCCCGCUUGAGCCGGCUCAUGGGCCACGAUGCCGCUGGAGGUUUGUUGCAGCCUCUCUCAGUCCCUCCGCCAGACAUCACUGAUCCUCGCAUCGGGCGGCCUUGGAUCCACACGGUGCGCUUCCGUCAAGGCCUUGGGCAGAGCGUGGGCAAUACUUCAGCUUCCGGAGCUGCUGGGUUUACCGUGAGAAGCCGCAGCUUCGCUCAGGCCCUGAGAAGUCAGAGCGAGGCUCACCAAGCUGAGCUCCAGCACCUUCAAAGCAAUCACGCCGUAGCACUUCAAAGGGCUGCUGCUGGAGCAUCUAGCGGUCAGGCCACACACACCACGGCUGCUGCGGAGAUCCAAAAGCUCAAAGAAAACCUCGAGAGAGCGAACAAGCUGGGCGCGCAAUUUGCCACAGAGAAGCUCGACGCGGACGAUGCUGUCGGUGAGGCUGCACUGAAGAUCACUUCGCUCGAGUCUGAGCUCACCGUGGCUCAGAAGCGCAUCGCUGAGCUCGAAGCCCAGGUCUUGGACUCCAGAGCGUUUGAUCCCGGCGCCUUUUGUGACUUCUUCGUCAACAGCAGUGCCUUCAAAGGCAACUGGCGACGGUUCCUCGAGUUGCUGCAGCUGUAUCGGACAGGGCAACCCGUCCCAACCGGCUAUCGCACCACGAUUCAAGUCUCUGCGCGCGAUCUGGACUUCGAGGACUCCGACCCGUACACGACCCUAGCUGCUCAGCCCAGCCCUGCUUCAGUGCCAGCUUCUUCGCCUUCGGGGUCUGCUCAAGCAACCAUGACUCCGACCAGCUCGUCUCUGUCGGCUACCCCUCUGCGUACACCACCGAUGCUCAGCUUGGGCAGAUCAACUUCCGCUGGGUCCAGCAAAAUCCGACGCAAAGCGCUCAAGUCGCUGCCACUGGCCAAGGCCUUGGCUUCAAGCAGUUCGAAGAAAGUUGGUGGUCUGAAGAUCCAGACGAGCGCUGCGCCCAGCUCAGCAGCUGCGCCGGAAACCGUGGAUUUGACCCGCUCAGCCUCCAGCACACCGAAGGCGAAGGCACCAAUGAUCAAGCCGUUCACACAGCGAAUUGCGCUGCCACGCCGCCCGACCAAGUUCAAGCCUGAGCGCAAGAACGCCAAGAAGGAGUCUCCCAGUGCCCGCUCGGAUCUGGACGCAGCGACGGCUGUGCCAAACCAGUUCAGCUGGGAUGGCCCUCGCCCAGACGUCCAAGAGCUCAUGUUGGCUGGCGUGGCGUUCUGGGAUGCAGUGGAUGAGGUCCAGAAGGACCAGAUGCUCCACGACCAGUUCGGCAGGAAGAACCUGAUCUACAUGUUGACUUCAGUGAUACAAGUACUUCGACGCGGCGGCAACCAGACUCCCGGCCUGACAAGAAUCCCAGUACCCUGGCGAGCUCUGCCCAUUAAACCGGGCGCAAACGACGACGACUCGGACUCCUCGUUCAUGUCUGUGCUCUCCUCAGAGGACACAGAUGACGACGACAACGACCAGAGUUAUCACGGGUCGAAGCCCAAGGCUCUAAGCUCCAUCAGCACCAGGUCUCAGAGUUCUCCAGCAGACAAGAAACGGCAGCGGAGUUCGACAUCUUCUGGGGGUAGCUCAGGGACCAAGCGCCAGCGCUCAGCUUCCGGAACCUCUGUGACUUCAGGUGACCCCGAACCAGACGAAGCUAAGACUCCUGAAGAAGGUGUCGACAACGGCGUCAUCGAAGCACCCAAGAAAGGAAGCUGGUUCCACAACGGCAUCCGAGUCCAGAAGCUGCACCACCAGACGAUUGGUUUCCCGGCCUACAUGCCGUCCAAGACUGGGAUCGAGCAACUCCACAAGCGCAUCGAGUACGCGCUUAUUUGGAGCUGCUCAGAUCAGACCCCUGAGUUAACGUCCUCGUCUACCACACCGUACUGGGAGCGACUCCACUGGUACCCGUUCCCGCCCAAGAUCGACUACAUUCAGCUCGCCAAGGAACUGGGCCUGCCUGAGCUGGCCACCGUCUAUCGAGAGCGCAAGGACCGCGCCCAAGAGUUCGAGCUUCGUCGCAGGGACUUGGUAGACCAGCUCAAGGGCGUCAAGGGUUACUCGGAUCGGAUCUGGUUCGAGCCCGGACUCUGGGCUGUGCCUAAGGACCCGUGCCACUGGAUUCUCCGAGACCCGGAUCUCAAGAUUUCGCUGGCGGAUGAGAUCUUCACCCUGGAUGACCAGGAGCCCGCCCGCACGCAGUGGGCUACACGUCGCUCGGACAAGCAGUUCGAGGCGGUCGUCCCACCUGAGCUCAAGCCCAAGAGCAGAGCCGAACGAAAGGCGAACCCCAUUAUCCCAGCGCCGGAGUACAACCACGACACGCUUGCUGAGGUGCUUCGUGCUCUGGAGGCUGCGCCAGAGGAGGAGACUGAGGAAGCGUAG